AUGAUUCGACGACAAGCCCGUGAAAGGCGAGACUACGUCUACCGGCGAGCACUGACGCUCCGUGAUGCGGAAACGGCAGAGAGAAGAGCAGCGUUGAAGGCAUCGCUAGCCAGCGGCAAGCCUCUGUCCAAAGAUAUCGCAAACGACAAAGAUCUUCGUAACGAUUACAAGUUUGACGAGACCAUAGCCGACCGAGAUGCACAGGAAGAGCUCGGUCUAGACGACGAAUACGCACACCUGUCAGGCGUGGUAGAUCCUAGAGUCCUCGUAACCACAUCCCGCGACCCAUCUUCGAGACUUGGAGGGUUUGCAAAGGAGGUCAGACUACUGCUACCGACUGCGAUCAGAUUGAACCGCGGAAAUCUCGUACUGCCCAAUCUGGUUCAGAGCGCAAAGAGCUCUGGACUGAGCGAUGUCAUUCUUUUGCACGAGCACAGAGGUACUCCAACUGCCAUGACGGUAUCUCACUUUCCCCACGGACCUACGGCAUCUUUCUCACUACACAAUGUUGUACUUCGCCAUGAUAUCCCCCAAGCCUCGCGCGGUACCGUCUCCGAGUCGUAUCCACACCUCAUCUUCGAAGGCUUCACCACCAAAUUAGGGAAGCGCGUCGUUCAAAUAUUGAAGCAUCUGUUCCCGCCUCGUGAAGGUACGGCAAAGGUUGGUAACCGUGUAGUGACUUUCAAGAAUAUCGAAGACAGCAUCGAAGUGAGGCAUCACGUCUUUGUGAGGACCGGAUAUCAAAGUGUUGAACUUGCAGAAGUCGGGCCUAGGAUGACGAUGCGGUUAUUUGAGAUCCGUGGAGGUACUCUGGAGAACAAGGACGGUGAUGUCGAAUGGCAUAUGACACAUUACACUCGAACCAGCAAGAAAAAAGACUACCUAUGA